AGGUCAAAGGUUACAAACAAAAUGGCGGAACCCUCUCCGUCUGCGGACACGAUUCUGUGAGCAGCCGGGUAGAGGAGUUUAUUUGGAUGGUUUGAUGCACAGAGGCUGCAGAAGUUGUCAUAUGGAGCCACACUGGUUUUUUUUUUUACACCAUCAGCUACCGGUUAAGGCUGGUUUGAGCAAAAUUUACGGAUAAGUUCAUUGUCACUGCAGUGAAAACAUUGCUGCAGUCACUGGGGGAUGUAAACGGAAGAUAGCGCAUUCAUUUUCAUACAGUGACUUGUACAGUUACUCUGUUUUUAUACAGUAUUCUCGUACAGGAGAGGAUACCGUCGUGUUUUAUACAGUCUGGAGCAAGUUAGCUGGAUAUUUCGCCAGCAAAGAAGCCGGACUGUGGAGAAGGACCCAGUACGGAGCUGUGUUAUGGAGUUUUAACUUCAGUCAAAACAACAACAAACGAAGAUGAACAGGAAGAAGGAUAAAGGCUUUGAGAGCCCGCGUCCCUUUAAAUUGACCCACCAGGUGGUGUGCAUCAACAACAUCAACUUCCAGAGGAAAUCUGUAAUUGGCUAUGUAGAGCUGACCAUUUUCCCCACCGUGGUCAACCUGAACAGGAUCAAGCUCAACAGUAAACAAUGCCGGAUCUACAGGGUGCGAGUCAAUGAACUGGAGGCUCCAUUUAUCUACAAUGACCCGACCCUGGAAGUCUGCCACCAUGAGUCCAAGCAGAGGAACUUGAACUACUUCUCCAGUGCGUACACGGCGGCUGUGAGCGCUGUGGAUCCUGAUGCAGGACACGGGGAGCUGAUCAUUAAAGUUCCAUCUGAACUCUGGAAACAAGGAGAUGAUUUGAAAGUUUUAAAGGUAUACAUAGAAUUUUCCCUGGACCAGCCAAAAGGGGGGCUCCACUUUGUUGUACCUGAUGUGGAAGGCAGCAUGGCUGAAAGAGGGGCUCAUGUGUUCUCCUUUGGAUACCAGAACUCCACCAGAUUCUGGUUCCCCUGCGUCGACUCCUACUCAGAGCUGUGUACCUGGAAGCUGGAGUUCACUGUGGACGCCUCCAUGGUGGCGGUGUCCUGUGGUGAUUUGGUGGAAACCAUUUACACACACGACAUGAGGAAGAAGACUUUCCACUACGUCCUCCCCAUUCCGACCGCUGCCCCCAACAUCUCUCUGGCCGUGGGGCCUUUUGAGAUCCUCGUAGACCCCUACAUGCACGAGGUGACCCAUUUCUGCCUGCCACAGCUGCUGCCACUGCUCAAACAGUCCAUGUCUUACCUCCAUGAGAUUUUUGAGUUCUACGAGGAGAUACUGACCUGCCGUUACCCAUACGCCUGCUUCAAGACUGUUUUUGUGGACGAGGCCUACGUGCAAGUGUCGUCGUAUGCUUCCAUGAGCAUCUUCAGUACCAACCUGCUCCACAGUGCGAUGAUCAUAGACCAGACCCCGAUGACUCGCCGUUGUCUGGCCCAGGCCUUGGCACAGCAGUUCUUUGGCUGCUUCAUCUCCAGGAUGUCUUGGGCUGAUGAGUGGGUUCUGAAGGGAAUCUCUGGCUACAUCUAUGGCCUCUACCUGAAGAAAACCUUCGGAGUCAACGAGUACCGACACUGGAUUAAAGAGGAGCUGGAUAAGAUUGUUGAGUAUGAACUGAAGAUGGGAGGUGUUCUGCUGCAUCCGACCUUCAGUGGAGGCAAAGAAAAAGACAAUCCGACUCCACACCUUCACUUCUCCAUCAAACACCCCCACACAUUGUCCUGGGAGUAUUAUAAGAUGUUCCAGUGUAAGGCCCACCUGGUGAUGAGGCUGAUCGAAAACCGCAUCAGCAUGGAGUUUAUGCUGCAGGUUUUCAACAAGCUUCUGAGUUUGGCCAGUACAGCCUCUUCUCAGAAGUACCAGAGUCACAUGUGGAGCCAGAUGCUUCUGUCGACUCAUGCCUUCCUCAAAUCCAUCUCCAACGUCUCAGGAAAAGACAUUGGCCCUCUCAUCAAACAAUGGGUAGACCAGAGCAGUGUGGUGAAAUUCUUUGGCAGUUUCGCCUUCAACAGGAAAAGAAAUGUGCUGGAGCUAGAGAUCCGUCAGGACUACACAUCAUCAGGAACUCAGAAAUAUGUGGGUCCCAUCAAGGUGACGGUGCAGGAGCUGGAUGGUUCUUUCAACCACACACUUCAAAUAGAAGAAAACAGCCUCAAACAUGACAUCCCCUGUCACUCCAAGAGCAGACGAAACAAGAAGAAAAAGAUCCCUCUGAUGAACGGAGAGGAAGUGGACAUGGAUUUGACGGCCAUGGACGCUGAUUCCCCUCUCCUCUGGAUCCGCAUCGAUCCAGACAUGUCCAUCCUGAGGAAGGUGGAGUUUGAGCAGGCGGACUUUAUGUGGCAGUAUCAGCUUCGCUACGAGAGGGAUGUAGUUGCACAGGAGGAGGCCAUUUCAGCUCUGGAGAAGUUCCCAACUCCCGCCUCCAGACUGGCUCUGACUGACAUUUUGGAGCAGGAGCAGUGUUUCUACAAAGUCCGCAUGCAGGCCUGCUUCUGUUUGGCCAAGAUCGCCAACGCCAUGGUGAGCACAUGGCAGGGUCCUCCGGCUAUGAAGUCUCUGUUCACUAGAAUGUUCUGCUGCAAGAGCUGCCCCAACAUCGUAAAAACCAACAACUUCAUCAACUUUCAGAGCUACUUCCUGCAAAAGACAAUGCCGGUUGCCAUGGCGUUACUCAGAGAUGUACAGAACCUCUGUCCCAAAGAUGUUCUCAACUUCAUCCUUGAUCUCAUCAAGUACAACGACAACAGAAAAAACAAAUUUUCAGAUAACUACUACCGUGCAGAUCUGAUCGAAGCGCUGACCAACUCUCUGACCCCGGCCAUCAGCAUCAACAACGAGGUUCGGACGGUGGAUAAUUUAAAUGGAGAUGUACGUCUCAUCCUGGAGGAGAUCACAAGAUUCCUCAACAUGGAGAAACUGCUGCCGAGCUUCAGGAACACCAUCACUGUCAGUUGUCUCAAAGCGAUUCGUGAGCUGCAGAAGAACGGCCACAUUCCCAGCGACCCACUGCUCUUCAAAUCCUAUGCGGAGUACGGACACUUUGUGGACGUUCGUGUCGCUGCGCUGGAGGCUCUUGUCGACUAUACAAGAGUUGAAAGGAGUUCUGCAGAGCUGCAGUGGCUGCUUGACAUGGUCCACAAUGACCCCGUUCAUUAUGUCAGACACAAGACCCUGGGUUUGCUGUGUAAGAAUCCACCGUUCACCAAGGUGGCAGACUCGGCUCUGUGUAACGAGGCCCUGGUGGACCAGCUCUGGAAGCUCAUGAACUCUGGUACGUCACAUGACUGGCGUCUCCGCUGCGACGCUGUGAACCUCUACUACACGUUGUUCGGUCUGACCCGGCCUUCCUGUCUGCCUCUGCCGGAGCUCGGCCUGGUGUUGAACCUGAAGGAGAAAAAAGCUGUUCUCAACCCAACCAUCAAACCGGAGCUGGGCGUCGGUACCGUCAUGGACACACCGGCCAGCAUCGGCAUCCACGGUGUCGGCAUGAGCUACGUAGCUGUGGAUGAAGAGCCAGACCCGGUCUCAUUGGGGGUGUGUGGUGUGGGCCAGCCCCCCCAGGGCCUGAAGAGGAAGGCUGACACCCCCCUGGGCUCCCCCCCAGAGCCAGGACAGGUGCUACAGCAACAGGAAGAGGACACAAGAGGAGGACGAUACAAGAUCAGGUUCAACACAAUGGAAGACGAAGACAUCGAUAUGGAGACUGUUCAUGACAGUCAGGCCUUCAUUCACCAUCACCUCAACCUGUUAGAGAGACCUUCAACUCCAGGAAAAGAGCCUCCAUCCGUCGAACAGUCCAUGCUCUCAUUACCUGCCACACCGGCGCCGGUUUUCACCAAAGAACCCACGUCCUCGUCUUCUAAACACGGAGGCGAACACGGCCACCACCAUCACCACCACCACCACGAACACAAGAAGAAGAAGAAGAAGCACAAGCAUAAGCAUAAACACAAGCACAAACACGAAAGUAAGGACAAGGAGAAGGACAGAGACCGGGACAACUCCCACGCCUACAGUAACAGCCCCGCCAGCGGACGAUCCCUGCGCUCGCCGUCGCUCUCCGACUGAACACCUGGACGGAGGUUAGGGUCAUGUGGACGCGGUCAGUGUGCAGAGGCAGGCUUACAUCCCUGUGAGUAUGUAGAGAUAAGACGUGUUCGAGUUCAGCUGUAAAUACAAAUUAGUUAGUAGUUGUUUCCGAGUUGGUGAAACAGCUGUGGAUGUUCGACUGAAGCUGCAGCUGAAACUGAUCCGGACCGGACUGAUCCAGGUGGACUGACUCUGUUCCAGUCCGCCUGCAGAUAAAACCAUGUGGUGUUCGGGUUGUGCACAUUCUGGAAGACCUCGCUCUGCUCGAUUCGGUUCUUUUAGGCCCAGUUCAGACCAGAGAAAGGCUGCACCCAUGUCAGCUGGCUCAGGUUGAAUCAGGCCGGUUUACGGCGUCGGCUGAGACUCGACUUCUCAAAUCAAUGCUGGUAGGUUUUGGAACGUAGAGUAUGUUUUCUGUCGCCAGCGAGGAGGUUUGAAGUAACGCCAACUCUACAUAACAACAGAUCGACUCCAGAAACAGACAAGGAGAGCUUUUUUCUGUUUCAUCAAUACUAAAAAUGCAGCUAUAGCAAGUAAAACGUUGUCCUCAUUGAUAUUUUUAAGCAUUCAUAAGUUACACUGCCAGUCAGAAGUUUGGACUCACCUGUUUUUUCUUUAUUUUCAUGACUAUUUUCAUUGUAGAUUCUCACUGAAGACAUCAAAACUAUGAAUGAGCACAUAUGGAAUUAUGUAGUUAAAAAAAGUGUGACAUAAUUCAAAGCAUGUUUUAUAUUCUUCAUAACAGCCACACUUUGCUUUUAGUACUACUUGGUACAUUGUUGGCAUUCUCUGGAUGAGCUUCAUGAGGUAGUCACCUGAAAUGUUUCAAGUCUUGAAGGAGUUCCCAGUGAUGCUUAGCACUUGUUGUCCAUCUGCGGUCCAUCUCAUGCCAUUUAAAUGAGAAGGUGAGUCCAAACUUUUGACUGGUAGUGUAUAUACGACUACAAAAAAGUCUGAUUGCUCUGAAAAUGAUGCUUCAUCGGCGUGAACUAUCAGGUUUCCAGUUCAUCCUUGGUCUGAACUGGGAUUUAGAAAGUUUCCCUUCAUCUUUAAGAGUACGUCCGACACGUGGAACUGAGAUCGUGUCUGAAACACACGACUUUUGCUGUGUUUAAACAUGUUGCAUUUCAGGAGACUUUUGGAAACACGACCUUGAAUUUGUCUCUAAACUCAUCGUAGUUUGGACGGACAGACGGACGGACACAGAGACUGUUGGAAACACUGAUCCAGCUGUGAUUUCAUCUCCCGAUCGACGUCUUUUCUUGUCCUUUCUUGUUUCGUCGUGACCCUUCACAGAAGAAAACACGACACAGACUCAUAGUUAAUUAAACCCAGAUACUGAAUUACAGGAGUUUAGUGUCCUUUUCAUCUCCGCUAGCAGCUGCAGUACAGAGAAAUUCUAUUUGUCAUUCAACUAUUGAUUACUUAAUUAGAGUCAAGUUGGUAUUCAAGUAAUUUACAGUUUGAAUAAUCCUGGUUGUCAUUCAACAACUUUUUUUACUGCAGCAUCGGAUUCAGUUACGGUUUCUAAACAAUACUUUUUUUUUUAAUACCAGUUUCCUAUUGUAACAAAAAAGUGCAUAACAUGUGACAGUCCAGAUGUUUUUAUAGUCAAACAAUUUUACAAGAUAAAAAUAAAGCGUUUACAAUGACCUGAA